CCACCUUGCACCUCUACGGAGCUGAAUCAGAUAGCCCCACUCAAAUCUGACAGGGAAAUGAAGGUCAAAAUGGGGUUUCCCGUGUCACUGAUCUAAUAUCUCUACGGCAUCAACUGACCAAUGAUAUACAUACUCAAUACAAUAUGUUAUUCUUUUAUUUCCCCUAUUUUACUGAAGUAACAUAUCAUUGCUUUAAAUUGAACUUAUCUACGCGGUAGACCGUGGUAUUAGGUGUUUGGGAAACCUACAGUAGACCCUCACAGAGCCCCCGUCGUUCAUGACAACCCAAACAAAAUGGCGGCCUCCUUCAAAGUUCUCGACGACUCGAAAAUGUGAAGUUUUAGACAACUUUUUCUCCUUAGUCCCAGUCCGUCCACCACAGAUCCACCAUGGACGAGCGACACUGGUGGAUCGCCACCAAGAUCCAAGAAAGUUUCCACAUCGGGGGCUUCGACAAUCCCACCUUACUCGAAGAUUUCCUCUGCGAGACUCGAACUCUGGAUCUCAUCAACCAAUUUCUGAACCCCAACGGCCCGGCCAAAAUUUUCUGCUGUUGCGACAAGCCACAACAAGGGACCUUGUCAACUCGCGAUCUCUUCAUCACGACUUCUCUGGCUAAUCUUAAAGUCAGUGUUGAAAACACGCUGAUUUUGUACUUCCUUCGACUCAACACCAAUAAAGAAGUCGACCCCGUGCGAAUGGAGAGAGACAUUUUUUGCGGAGAGUUGAAGCAGAGCGCGGCGGAAAAUUUGACUCUGUUGUUGUCUCACGUCUUCCUGCCGGUUUUGCGAGCUCAGAAGGACUGGGGACAGUGUAGCGACGAGCAGGCUUCUCAGUGUGUCCACAACUUGGAGAAAUAUCUGGGAGUUUUGUCUGAAUAUGGCGCCUCAACUUCAGCAACGCAACAGCUGUUGAAGAAACCAGAGAUCCUCGUGAGCAGCGACUUCAAGCAGUACCGAGCCGCGGCGUUUGACGAGACGAUUGUGGGAGAGUACGAGACCCUGGUGUCUGAUUGGAUCAUGACGAUAGACAGUAUACUGGCCGACGGAAGUGCUGAAGAAAGACUGAUGGACAUGAACGCGGGUCCGCUGACGGAGUUGGAGAGAUGGCGUAGACGACAGCGGACGCUGAACAACAUCACGGAACAGCUGAAGAGUAAAGACUGUAAGAACGUCAUCGGAAUCCUCAUCACAGCCAAGUCCAAGUUGCUGAAGAAAUGGAAGACUAUCGACGCAUGUAUCACGGACGCAGCAAACGAAACCAAAGACAAGGUGAAAUACCUGGAGUCUGUCCGUAAGCACCUGGAACAGCUGUAUCACGACUGCACACCUGUCACGGUCCUGAACACCGCGCUGCCGGGCCUCACCACCAGCGUCAGACAGAUGGACUCUAUCUCCAGGUUCUACGCACGGAGUGGGUAUCUGGGACUGCUCUUCAGUAAGGUGACAAACCAGCUGGUUCAGGUGUGUAAGGACUACAUCCGAGCAGAGGCCCAGCCACAUGAACAUGAGGACUUGCUGUGGGAUAAGGUACACACAGAGGUGGAGACUGGGCCUGGUCGUGUCACCUCUCCACAUGGAGGUGCAAAGAAGAAGAAAGGUGCCAAAGACUUGGGACUGGUCAUACCAGAAGACGAGAAACUGUGUGAGAGACUGAACGUGUGUCUGACGCUGUACUCUCACUACAAGGACUCGCUCAGAAGCAUCAGAGAUGGCCUCGGAGGAACCCACGCCCUGUCCCAUUUUCCGUCCAUGAGCUCGCUGCACUCUCACCGGUCCCACUCCCAGGUGGGGCGCCGCUCCAUCGGGGGUCCCUCCCGCAGCCGCAUGUCCACCCUUCAGCCCAGUGUGUCCUCCAAGAAGGCACCAUCAGUCACUUCCAGCUCCGGUAAUGAUGAGGGUCCCCACGGGAUCUCCUUCACUGAUGAAGACACCAUCCUGCAGCAUCUGGACACCUUCUGUCAGCGGCUCCGGCAGUUCCUGGAGGUCAUUGACACUCUCAAGCAGUUCCACAGCUUGAAGGAGAAAUGUCGUGGUCUGCCACGCCCAAGAAGAGAGGAUCUGAUAGGGGAAGAUGAGGAAGACAGAGACAGCAAUGCAGAUGCUACAUCAGUAGCAAAACCCCCUCCAGACUCCUUCGGGCCCCCUGAGCACCCUCCAUCCCCCAUGAAGACCCUCAUGGUGCCUAGCGCCCAUGGAAUGAUGCCUGUGCUGGAGGAGGAAGAACCAAUGAGCAUGCCCGGCUCCCGCAUGGCGCUGAAUAACGUGGACUCUCCCGGCCACGGACACGAGGCCAGCGAGGCCAUGUCUCUCAACGCUGCUGAUGAGAUCCAUGAACUGAACUCACAGUCUAGAGCUGUGUCUAAACAAGCUGCACACCAUCUGGCUCGCCUGUAUGCCCGACAUGAGGGUGAGGAGGAUGGACCCAGCAUCUCCCACAUCAUCCAGAUGUACCUGGAACAGAUGACUGACAGCUUUGCUCAGGUGGUCAACACUCCGGCCCUACUGGACGUGGAGGGCAAAGAUAAGGACAGAUUUGAGGAGGCGUACCAACAGUUCCAGGAGACUGCCCAGCUGUUAGACUCCAUGAUGUGUGCAUACCUGCAGGCCACCUUCCAGAGGAAGAUGAAGACUAACGAAUGCAUCAACAUCUUACAGAGGUUUGCACCAGUAGGCGCUCGUCAGGGAAUCCGAGCCACCAUAGCUGAGAAAUACGUGGAGACCUUCCAGCAGUAUGAACUUGACCUGGAGCAAGUUCAGCAGAAGUACGAACGAGAAAAGGAUGAGCCCCCCAUCCCCAGAAAUGCUCCCCCUGUGGCAGGGUCUGUGUUCUGGUGUAGGAAGUUACUGACCACCAUAGAGGAUCCCAUGAAGGUGUUCCGUGACACCAAGGCCAUCACCCAUCUCAAGGACUUCCAGAGAGUGGUCAAACUGUACAACAGGAUCGCUACCACACUGGUGACGUUUGAGACACUGUGGCUGCAGCAGUGGAAAGCUUACAUAGACGGAGCCAAGAAUGGCCUUAGGGCCAUGCUACUUUUACACCACCCACAGACAGCGGAGAUCGUGGUUAAUGCUGACGAAAGAAUCUUGCAGCUGAUCCAAGAGUCCAGGUGGAUGGUGCGGUUAGGCAUCCCCAUGCCUGAGUCUGUGCAGGACAUUGUAGCACAGGAACAUCGGUUUAAGAGCUACAAGAUGCACCUCGAGCAGUGUCUGCAGGAAUACAGGGAUGUGUGUGGUAAGAUCCCUGCACCCAUGAAACAGCUGUUCCUGGUACACACAGAGGCAACUCUGCACUACUUCCAGCCUGGACUCACCACUCUUACCUGGAACAGUAUGAACAUAGACGCAUUCCUGCAUACAGUUCACUCGGCCAUAGCUCGGUUGGACAGCAUUGUCCAGCAUGUUAUUAACAUCAUAGAGGAGAAGGUUCAGGGAACCGUGGACACAGUCAGCGGUAUGGUGCUGUUUGACAUGGAACUGGCCUUCAGUAAGGCUUGGCCCCCUGGUGAGUUUGGAGAAGCCAUGCUGCAGAGUGUAGAAGAGAAGGGACAGGAGCUGCUAGAGUUUGUUAAUGAAGUGGAGAGUGCCAUCUUUGAAAUAGUGUCCUUCCUCAUGUCCAAUAAGGUUGGGUCACCUUCCCAGUCUCCAGUUGCAUCACGGGUGUCCACGGCACCUUCCCAUCAUCCCCGGCGGGGAAGUAAGGCGCCCAGUCAGCGGGACACACCCAUGACUCUACAGACACUGAGCGAAGUCACAGAAGAUCUGGUGGUCAACGAACUACUGGAGCACUACUGUCAGAAGGUGUACGACGCCGUCCUGUCCGCCACGUCACGGUCGCUAGCUGCGCUGGCGGAGGCUUCAGGCUGCGAGGGUGAGUGUCUGAAACAGACGCUGGCCAGGGGCAGUCCUCGCAGCAUGUCCAGCCGCACCAGCACGGGAGUCUCCUCACGGUCUGGCCUGUCCAUGUCAUGGAACAGUCCGGAGGCAGAAGAGGUCACUUUCCUUCGGUUUGAAGUUGUGGUGAAGUUCAACAUCCCCAACACAGUGAUUGAACCACCGCUGGCAGCUGCACAGGACGCUGUCAAUCAAGUGGCCAGCGCCAUCAUGGACAUCUCCAACAGUGUUAACUGGUGGACGAGCGAAGGCAGUGAGACAUUCCAUGCCACCAUUUCUGAGGAGCCGUACCUCAAUGAUCUCAUACAACAACUCUUCUCUGUCAUAGACAAUCUGCAGAAAGCAGUAGACCGCCACAUCUUCCACUUCAAGCUGUACGACUUCCUGUGGAAGGAUGACAUGCACACACAGUUCUACGAGUUCAUCUCUGCUGACCCGGGAACAAGGGCUAUCAAGAGAGAGGUUGAGAGGCUAUUGAACAUAGAACAGAAAGUCCUGGACAUUCCCCUUGUCCUGCCCGUUGGUCCCAUCUGCCUGCUGACCAGUCCUAUCAGAGACGCUCUGCACGGCUUCAGUAUUGCCUGGAAAACCAAGUAUGCACAGGUGCUGCAUGAGGAUGCAAAGAAAAUGCUGGACACAGCCAUCCUGUACCGGUCCAACGUGCUGAACCGCCUGUCCCUGGAUGUGAAGACACUGGACCAGCUGAACUCCGCCCUGAACCUGCUGCAGGAACUACAGGACAUGGAGAACAAGAUAGACGACAUCUACCUGCCCAUAGAGACCAUGUAUGAAAACCUCAGAGAGUACAAGCUGAGGCUACCCAGGAAUGAGGUACAGGAGGUGGAACAGCUGAGAGAGAAAUGGCAGGAACUCAUUGAGCUGUCUGAACAGGUUCGCCAGAAGCUGCUGAAAGAACAGAGAGGAGCAUUUGAGCAGGAACUGGACAAACAAGUCAAGAACUUCGUGGUCGAGGUUAUCCAGUUCAGGAACAGUUUUGACGCGCAGGGUCCGGCGGUGCCCGGGGUUCGCCCCGAGGAGGCCGUGAUGAGACUGCGGGACUUCCAGGAGAGGUUUGCGCUGUACGACGCCAAACGCCGGACACUGGACUCCGUGUCCCGCCUGUUUGGUAUCGUGCCCAAACCUUUCCCAGAGUUGGACAAGACAGGAGAGGAGCUGGACCUGCUGGGUCUGUUGUAUGGACUGUUCCAGAAGUUUAUUGCUUUUGACAACAUCUUCAGGGAGAGACUUUGGGCAGAGGUAGACCUGGAACAGGCCAACAAGGAGGUGGAAGAAUACUGGGAGGAGUGCCUAGCCUUACCAGACAAGCUGAAGGACUGGGAAGCUUACCAGGAGAUGAAGAACUCCAUCAAAAUCUACCUGGAUGUGUUCCCACUCUUACACAGGCUGGCUACCAAGGAAAUCCGUAACCGCCACUGGCUGCAGGUUAUGUCUGUAACUGGCAGCUCCUUCCCACUGGAGGCCCAGGCUUUCAAACUGCACCAUCUUUUGGAUAUUGGACUCAUACAACACCAUGAUGAGAUCCAUGAGAUCUGUAAGGCUGCCAGCAUUGAGCUUGAACUGGAGAUCAAGAUGAGGACUAUCGAGGAAGAGUGGACUGAACAGGUGCUGACGUUUGAAUCCUACAAGAAGCGUGGUGCCAUCUACCUUGCGAAGGAUGAGUCGGAGCGGCUGUUGGAACAGCUGGAGGAUGCCCAGGCCCUGCUGGCCACCAUGCUGACAUCCAAACACAUCGGGCCUCUCAGGGAGGAGGCAGCCUCAUGGGCUGAGAAACUCAAGGGUGUAAGUGAGGUCUUAGAGACAUGGUUAGAAGUGCAGGACCUGUGGCAGUAUCUAGAAGCCGUGUUCAGUAACAGUUCCACAGCUAAGGAGCUUCCCCAGGAGGCCAAGAGGUUCAUCCGCAUUGACAAGAGCUGGAUCAAACUCAUGAGGAAAACCUACGACACCAGGAAUGUGCUACAGUGUUGUUACGGAGGUGAGAUCCCGAAAGGCGUGGUUCUCCGCCACUUCCGGGAGGAUCUCGAAGUGUGUUUCAAGUCUCUCACGUCUUACCUGGACAACAAGAGGAAGGCGUUCCCACGGUUCUUCUUCCUGUCCGACCCCGUACUGCUGUCCAUGCUGAGCCGUCCGUACGACCUGGAGUCUGUCAGGCCUCAUCUCAAGUCCAUCUUCAGUGACGUGAGUGAUGUAAAACUGGAGAAGACAGAAGACACCCUGAGUUCUGUCGGAGAGAAGACUCCCAUUCCCUCCUUUGUGGACUACAGACGCCCUGGGGCUGCCCCAGUCCCACGGGGAGGGGCCACCACCCCACGGGCAUCCAUCAACCUACCCCCCGUGGAGAGGUUCCCUGGACCUAUGUCUUCUGAAGCCUUUAAAAAAUCGGAACGCUCAGGCAGUAUCCACCUAUCAGAGAGUAACGUGGAUGAGUCCAGUGAACUGUGGCAGGCUGCUACAGCCUUGUCUCCUGAGGGGGAACUGUUAGAACUGGAUGAAGAGGUGAGUCUGACAGAUGGAGUGGAGAUGUGGCUCCAGAGCCUCCAGCAGUCCAUCCACAGAACCAUCGCCAAGAGCAUCACACGGAUCGUACGGGACAUCGGGAUGGGAGUGGCCAUGGAGGAGUGGGCUUUCAAGUACCCCUCCCAAGUAGCUCGCCUGGGUCUCCUCUACUACUGGACAAAGGAGUGCGAGCUGGCCGUUUCAGAACUGAAGUACGAGCGUAAAGCCAUCCCAAACGCGAGCAAGAAGUUCAGCACGGUCAUCAAUCGGCUGCCUACCUGUCUGACCAGGGGAGCGUGGAAAGGACUGGAUGAACCAUUCCUUCCUAUCCACAAACUCAGGCUGCAAAAUAUGAUCACUUACUCCCUCUACCUGAGAGACACCCUGGAUGGUCUGGGAAACAGGAAACUGAGGGAUGUGACUGACUUUGAGUGGAGGAGGAACAUCCGCUUCUACAUGCACGAAUCAGGAGAAGGUUCAGGAAAUCACCAGUUGUGUAUCCUGGAUGGCCGUUACGAGUACGGGUGUGAGUUUCUGGGCGGACGCCUGCCCCUGGCCAUGACUGCUCUGACUGAGAGGUGUUUUCUUACAAUGUCACAGGCCCUGACCCAGUUGAAAGGCAGCGCUGUGGUUGGUGGAACUGGAGUUGGCAAGACUGAGACAGUCAAGGGUUUGGCGUACCUCCUUGGCAGGUACAUGGCAGUGUUUGCCUGUCUCCCACAGAUGGACACAGCAGCACUGGGCAAGAUCAUCCAGGGACUCGCAGCUGAUGGCAGUUGGGGCCUGUUUGAUAACUUCCACAACUUGAACCGCUCCUGUGUGGGGGUCCUGUUGGAGCAUGCCCAGAGCAUCUACACUGCACUGAGGGCCAGGAAACACACCUGUCACCUGGCUGAUGGACAGGAGGUACCAGUUGACCCAUACGUAGGGACCUUCAUCACCAUCAACAAGGACAUGUCGCGAGGGUUUGAGCUGCCACAGGAGAUCCGUGCCCUGUACCGUAACGUGUCCCUGGUGCUGCCCGACCUGGGGCUGAUCCUCCGCGGGAAAGUUGCGGGGCUGGGCUUCAAGUCUCCCAAGGUCCUAGCUGACAGGCUGAAACUGAUGGCUGAUCUGUGCAGAGACCAGCUGCCAAAAGAACACCAUCACCACUUCAGUCUGGCUGCCCUGACCGGUGUCAUCAGCCACGCCUACAAGAAAAAGAAGAUUAUUAAAGAGGAGAAACAGGCGGCCAUGGAGACCAUGUCUCAGGUCUCGCGCUCCAACAGUGUCAUCUCAUUGGCUAUCGGAUCCCAGGCCGGCUUCAGCCAGACAACACCUGCAUCAAAGACAAUCACAUCCAGAUCUAUGAGUUGCAGCAAUGCUUUAGGAUACACCUUUAAGACAAUUGCAGGAACAGUUCAACAUGCUAGAGCAGCUGUAAAACGGCACUCCUGUGAUAUCAGUGCAAAGACCAAGGUCCCAGAAAAAGUCCCACGAAAAGAGAGUGAAACGAUGACGUUCCAGAAAAUGGCCAAAACUGUCCAACAGAUGGCAUCAAUGCUGACACCUGCAAGCUCCUCUCACGACAUCAGCCCUAUAGCUACCACCCCACCCCAGCGCCAGCCGUCCGCAGGUCUCAGUGAUACCAAUCCUAUGAGCCCUUCACCCAGUAUCAAUGUGAAGAUUGGUGAACGCUCCAGAAAAGCAGGGAACCCCAACAUGCUCACCCCCGCUGCAAAAGUGGAACAUUCCAUGGUGUCAGAUGCCCUACAGGAGUGCAUCGCACCAAGGUUGAAGGGAGAGGACCUUGUGACCUUCACUGGGAUUCUGAAGGACACGUUUGCUAACUUGCCUGACACCGAGCUGGCCCGACAGACUAGCCCUGGUGUGGAGCCUGCCAUGGUACAGAAGGCCCAGGAGAAAGGCCUGAUCCCCCAUGUACCCUGGAUCAGCAAGUGUAUGAGCCUGUAUGCACUGUCUCAGGUCCACAAAGGUAUCAUUGUAGCAGGCCCCCCUGCCUCGGGUAAGUCCUCCUGCAUUGCCACACUGGUGGAGGCCCUGUCAUCCAUCUCGGCCCCCACCCCCAGCACCCGGGGGCACGGGAGGCUGGGGACCUCCCACAAGCUGCUGCGCCUCAACCCGCUGGUCGUGGACGACUACGGGCUGGUGUUCGGUCACCUGAACCAGAACCACGACUGGGUGGACGGGAUCUUCACACAUGCAUGGAAGAAGGCCUGCAGGAACAAGAGUACCACCUGGCUGUGUUUGGAUGGACCACUGAAUGCCGGCUGGGCAGACAACUUCAGCAGUGUGCUGGACAGUGAAAAUACCUUCCACCUCCCCAAUGGAGACCGGCUUCCCCUGUCAGAUAAUGUCCGACUGCUGUUUGAGACAACUGACCUGCAGUUUGCUUCCCCUGCUACCAUCUCCAGGGCCGGCAUUGUGUACAUGGACAAGAACGUACUAGGCUGGAGACCUAUUGCCCAGGCUUGGUUGGAGAGCAGACCACAUCACGAAGUGAUUAACCUCCAGAGGGCUUUCAACAAAACUUUGGAUGCAGUUUCCAACUUUGUCAUCAAUGAGUCAAAGACCAAGGUUCCCGUCUGUGAGGUUGGGAUGUUCCAGAACUGUCUGAACCUGCUGAAGGCCAUGCUGGAUGACAACGUGGAAAUCGGCGGCGAGCUGCACGUGGAGAGGCUCUACCUGUUCUGCCUUAUAUGGACGUUUGGAGGGCUGCUGCAGGGAACGGACAGACAGGCCUUCAGUAAUCUCCUGACCAGCCUCACAUCAGCGCUGCCAGACUAUGACCAUGAGAUCUCUGUGUUUGACUACUAUGUGGAUGAGUCAGGAGAAUGGGACCCAUGGACAUCAAGGGUGCAAGAGGAUACGUACCCUGACAAUGCCAACAUUUCUGGAGAGGUGUUUGUGGAGACUGUUGAUACUAUCCGUUGCCAAGUGCUGAUGGACUAUGCCCUAUCUUCAGGACAGAAUGUCCUUCUGGUGGGCCCACCAGGGUCUGGGAAGACAUCCCUCAUAAACGACCUUAUUGACACCCAAGAUCCCGCUACACACAUAGUGAAGAGACUGGUGUGGUCGUCUGCCUCUGAAGCCUCUCAACUGCAGAACUUUGUGGAGGCCAACAUCCACCACAGACAAGGGUUUGUGUAUGGAGCAAAGGACUACAAAGGUUUCCAGAUCUUCAUUGAUGACAUCAACAUGCCUGCAAGAGAUGAGUUUGGAGUGCAGAGGGUUAAUGAGAAUCUGAGAGAACUCCUGGACCACCACAUCCUGCUGAAGCUGCAGAAGCCGUUUGAGUGGAGGACCGUGGAGGGUCUGUCUGUGCUGGCUACUCUCACACUACACGAGUAUCCUUCUACAUCAACUCAGCUGCUGUCCGAGAGACUCAUCAGACACUUCUCAGUGGUUCACCUCCCAGCACCACAAGGACAGGACCUGGAGAGUGUGGUCAACUCUAUGUUAGAGGCCAACAUGAGUUUUGAUGGACAGGGUUUGGACACAGAGCUGCACAAUAGCCUGGCAGCAGCCUCCUGUGAGUUACUCAUGACUGUACAGGACGUCCUGAGGCCUUCUCCCAUGCCUGGCAGACAGCACUACAUGUUCACUCUCAGGAACAUCGCAAAGGCCUUCCAGUGUAUGAAGCGCCUAACAUCAGAAAGCCGUGCUGAUGAGAAGAUGGUGAUUGGCCUGUGGAGACACGAGGUGUGGCACAUCAUGGAGAACUCCAUCUGUAGGAAGUCUGACCAGAACUGGUUCAACCACAACCUGCAGGAGAUACUCAAGAAGCAUUUCCCAAACAUUGAGGAGGAGUCCCUUCCUCCCCACUUUGUGACAUUCCCCAUAGAUGGCCGUGCCUACCAGCGCCCUGUCACUACCAUGUCUACUGACAAGAAGAUAAGGGUGGCGCUGCAGCCCAUUGUCAGCAUGAAGGAGGUACAGGAGACCCUGGCCUCACACCUGGCCACGUACAACGAGAGGUUCCGUAACGAACAGCUGGACGUCCUGCUGUGUGAAUAUGUGUUCCAGCACAUUGCUCGCGUACACAGGGUCCUCAGCUUCCAGAAUGGGGGUAACCUUCUGAUGAUUGGUGCCAUUGGUAGCCAUCUGGUUACCAUGGUGAAGCUGGCACUCCACAUCGCUGACGUGGACAUGUACCAUGUGGACUGUUCGCGAGCUAACACGUUCUUCGACGGCCUGCGGUCAGCAGUCAGAAUGACGGGCAGUGAGGGGAAGAUGUUGACUCUUCUGUUUACAGCCAAAGACCUGCAUGAUGAGUCGUACCUAGAUGCCAUCAACAGUCUGUUGGUGUGUGGGGAGUAUCCACCUCUCUUCAGUAAUGAUGAACUGGAGGGGUUACUACAGGUACUUGGCCCAGCCAUGAAGAAGGCAUAUGCCCACCUUAUGUCCAACCCCAUGAAGUUUUUUGUGUCUCGAGUGAAGUCCAACCUGAAGAUUGUCAUCUGCCUACCUCCCAGGCACCGGUUACUCAGGGUAGCUGCCAGUCAGUACCCAGGCCUGCUGACCAGUUGCCAGGUGAACUGGGUGUGUGCAUGGACACAGGAGUGUCUGCUGGACAAGGCUAACUACUUUGUGGAGAAGUACAACAUGGUAGCCGACAAUCCAGAGAUGAGAGACAAGCUGGUGACAGUGAUGGCCAACAUCCACAGCUACGUGCUGCAGGACUGUCGACAGAUCCCCUGGGCUGGAAACAUGGAGGAAACUGUCAGUCUCACCAUGUGUAAGAGAGACAGCAAGAAAGACCAGUACAAGACACAGAUGUUAGAGCUGCCAAACUUGCCGUACUCCAAGUCUAUCAUGCAUGAGAGGAUCCUGCUACAGCACAAGGGAGUUGGUAAGGUGAGCCAUCGCAGUAUCCCCAUGGGGCCCACCAUCUACCGCCGCUUCAUGGAGUGCUUCCUACACAUCCUGUCCAACAAGACAGCUCAGCAGAACGCUAACAUCACCAGGCUGAAGAAAGCCCUGUCCACCCUCUCCCAGACCAGGGAGGAUGCCAAGUUGAUGGAAGAGAAGAUUAAGGUGGUGCAGGCUGACUAUGAGGAGGCUCAAAAGAAGACUGCUGGACUCCUCAGGCAACUUACAGGAAAGGCCACCACCCUUGAGAAGCUGAAGGCCCAGCUGGGAGGAGAGGGGAGUCUGGGGGCAUACCUGCAGCUGAAUGAGGUGUCCAGUGAAGAGGAGGAGGAAGACGAUCUACUCAAACAAGAUGACAUAGGAGAAGACAGUGAUGCUAUAGAGAUGCUGAUGGCAUCGUACAUACGGUCCACGCGGGUUAAGGAGGAGUACAGCAGCAUCAAGCACAGACAGUUCCGCUCCAGCUGGAAGUCUCAUGACAGAGAUGAGUAUGAUGAUGAGUUUGACCGGAUGAGGAAGGAGAACAUGAAGUCCAGGAAGCUGCAGGUGGUGGAGGAGCUGGCAGCUGCCAAGAAGGCAGUAGAGGAUGCUAAGAAAGCCCUGGAGGGGUCAAGGAAAAAGGUGUUGCAAUGGCGUGACAGCGUAAGCCGACAGUGCGUGGAACGUAUCCGAGCCUUCCAGAACCCUCCCGUCCUUGUAGCGCUGGUCAUGGACAUGAUGAUGACCCUGCUGGGUCGCAGGAAGAUACCAAAACAAGACACGGGGGACGAGAAGGAAGGGAAAAACUCACAGACAGACAGGACAUCCAGUGCCUCUAGCCUGUCUUUCAAGCCUCUUGUGAAGCGAGAAUCAAAGAGGCAGGAACCUUCCCGACGUGGUUCCACUGGAACCAAAGAUGGUGACAAGGUUGACCGUAACGAGUGGAAGAAGCUCCAACACGCCAUGAGCGACUCUGUCAAGUUUGUGGAGAUGGUUCACCGUGUGCCAUGGCAAGAUGGCCUCCACCCAGAUGUACUAGCAGCUGUGCAGAGUUACCUUGCAUCAUCAAAGAAUGGAGAUCCAGGUCCUACAGGGGAAGGCAGUCUGCUGGAAGCUGGUAUGAGUGCCUCUACGUUAGUUUCCCCCCGUCGGUCCGGAGGUGCGUCUCCCCCAGGUCUCACCAUCGCAGGUGUGAGGUACAGCUCUGAGGAUGCAGCAGUACUACUGCAGUAUACCAUUGCUAUAGUAGAGUACACCCAGCUCUGCGGCCCUCUGCACAUUGCCAAGGAGAGACUGCAGAGUCUUCAGGAUGAGAUUGAAGAGUCUGAGAGACUUGAAAAGGAGCAGGAAGUAGAGCUAGAGGCAUGGACCAAAAAGUUGAAGAUUCGAGUCAGGAAGAUUACUGAAAGGGUACAGGAGCCCGAGGAGCCCCAGAUCAGCCUGUUGGACCAUGUAGAGGAGGAGGAGGAGGAGUUAGGACCUAACGACCUGCCAAUCAUCCAGGGGGAGGUGGACAGGCUGCAGGAGGAGUUUGAUGAGGCAGUGAUGGAGAAACACAGGCUGGAGAACGAGCUGCACAACUGUCAUGAGAGGCUCAGGGCUGCAACUGAGACUAUCAAAAGUUUACGUGAACAGGAGUUGCUAUGGCAACAGUCAGUAGAAGAGAACUCGUCCAAUGACCUUCUCCUGUCCAACUGUAUCACAGCCGCUGCCUUCCUGACAUAUUGUGGACCUAUGGGCUUGGAUGGAAGGAACAGCAUGUAUGAGUUUUUCCUACAUGUCUGUGAACACUACGGACUGCCCAUUCCCAACAAGAUGCUGUACAGGGAUAUUCCUCUGGUCAACUUCCUCUACACUGAUGUUCAGAUAAAACAGUUGGAACUGCAGGGCCUCCCCACCAACCCUGUAGCGUUGGACUCAUCCUGUUUCGUGACGGAGACCCUGAGUAACAACUCCUGGGUGCUGCUGUGUGACCCCACCAGUAGGGCCAUACCAUGGCUCACGGAUUAUCUAAAGGAGGGGUUCAUCAUUUCUAAAUACCAUGAUCUGAAGUCUCAGUUAGAGACCUGUCUGACAGAGGGCCUGUUCCUCAUCCUUACUGACAUUGACCUUCACCUGCUGGCCAAGGACAACCGCUUCAACCACGUGUUCCGCCGACGCAUGUCCUUUCUUACAGGGAAGGCUCCAUUCAAAAUCAUUGUUGGCAGCCAUGAGGUGGAAUGCCGCCCAGGGUUCCGCCUCUACAUGCACACCACCUGCAUGCCACACGAGGUGCCAGAGGAGGUCGCAGCCUACACAUCACUGGUCAACUUCUACCAGGACCGGUCAGGCAUCGAGGCCGAGCUGCUGGACAGGUUCAUACGGCUGGAGAAGACCAGGGUCCAGGACGAGAGGACCAAUCUAGCUCAGGAGAAGAUAGGUAACAUGGAGAGGCUGGCCCUGUUAGAAGACCAGAUGCUGAACCUACUGGCCAGCGACACCCGACUACUCAACAACCUGGCUGUCACCAAGAAACUGGCUGACAUGAAGAAACAGUUUGACGAGACUCAAGACUCGCAACAGAAGAUCGAGGUAUCAGAAGCUGCCAUCAGGAGAAACUGUGAACAGUUCCGCACCAUUGCCACCAGGGCUGCUGUCCUGUUUGACGCCUCCCGACACAUGAGGGAGAUCAACUGCUGCUACCAGAUCAGCUUCGACCAGUUCCUCGCUGUGUUUGAUGCUGCUAUCAAGCACUCUGAAAGAGCCUCCACAGACACGGUGGUUGACCGGCUGACCUACUCUGCAUACAUGACCACAGCUCGCUCCCUGUUUGAGAGGGACAAGCUACUGUUUGCACUGCUGGUGUCCAUGGAGCUUGAGGACUCAGAAGGCAGAUUGGGACCAGGUGAGAGGGAGUUCAUCAUCUCUCCCACCUUCGCAUCAACUGUCAUGUCUACCAUGGGGUACGGUGUUGGCUCGGACGCCCGCGCUAAUGCCAGGAAGCCAUUUGAUUGGAUGUUAGACGACCAGUACAAUAACCUUCAAGUUCUGGCAGUAUACUACCAGUGGUUCCAAGAUGCCUUCGACAAACUACCAAAAGACGGCCGUGAGAUGCCAUGGCGGACACUCUGCGAGAACGACAAGCCAGAACUUGCAGCCCUGCCAGACAAGAUGGACGACUACUACACGCCCAUGCAGCGCUACUGCGUCAUCCGGGCCUUACGGAGCGACCGCAUCAUGCACGCAAGCUCACACUUUGUGUCUAAGGUUUUGGGGAAAAAAUAUGCUGGUGAGAUCCCACUGGACCUGCCUGGCGUCCUGAGACAGUCGACCCCGCAGACUCCCAUCAUCCUCCUGUACACAGCGGAGAGCGACCUUGCGGAGACCCUGUUUGUGGAGUUUGCUGUGAAGAAGCAGGAGCCACGACAGGUGGUGUACCUGAGUAGUGGCAGCCCGCAGGAGGAGAGGAGGGUACGCAGGGCUAUCACUAAAGCUGCAGAGGAGGGCCAUUGGUUGCUGCUACACAAUGCCCACAAUGCCCUGCACUUCCUGCAAACCCUGGACACCACCCUACAGGAGAAGAAGCUGCCAGCUGACUCUAACUUCCGCCUGUGGGUGUCGGCCCAGCCCCACCCUAAACUCCCCAUCCACCUGCUGCAACAUGCCAUUAAAGUGGUGGUGGACACACCCAUGAUGAUGCGGGACCACAUGGUACGGUCCAUGCAGUGGAUCGAGCCGGAGACCCUGAAAACCAGCACACGACCAGAGUGGCCUGCUGUACUACAUAACCUGUUCAUGGUGCACGGGGCACUGAGACUCAGGGCCAGGUUUGGCAGGGGGGGCUGGAACAGGCCAGGCGACAUGGUCUUUGGAAACAAUGAACUUCAGGAGGGUUUGCGGCUGGUGUUGGAUGAGUUCAGUGACACCACCUCUACUGACAUGCCUGGUACACCUGGGAAAGGCAUCGCAUGGACCGCACUCAGAUAUAUGCUCACAGAGGUAAUCUACGGCAGCUAUGUGAGUGAUGAGUAUGACCAGCUAACCCUGUCUGCCAUGGUGGAUUACUGGAUGGGACCUAACGCCAUGAAGAAGGAGUUCGAAGUCCCAAGAUUGAAGCAUAAGAUCCCAGCUGCCUUCUUUGCCAACUACAUCCGGUACAACUCCCUGGUGCAGGCCCUGGAACAGAUACCAAACUUCUUCCUGGAUGUGCCUGAAGCCUGCAACAUGCACUCAUUCACAGAGACCCUCCUUGGAGAUGACCAGUACAUCUUCACCAGACUGAACAGUGUGUAUGACAUCAUGCCAUCCUCCCCAACCCUCAGUCAUGUGGUAUCUCCCAGGCCACCCACUCCAUAUGCAGGUCCCCCCCUGACGACCAUCAGUGCGACCAGUAGCCUCCCCCUGGUGGUGAAUCGGGGGGUGUUUGCCACCCAGACGUACGCAGCACUGAAGAACAGGAAGGAACAGGAGCUGUACGAACUGUCCACUACCCUGCUCACUAAAGUACCCAGGGCUUGGGGGAAGGAGUACAUUGCAGACCGUAUUAAGAAACUGGGAGGAGCCACAGCCUUCAAUGUGUUCAUUCAGAGGGAGGUAGAGGCACUGAUGAAGCUCAUUGGUGAAGUCCGUAGGUCACUCAACGCCAUCAAGGCAGCAUCGGACACUGUUGAAGCCCUCCCCCUGGGUGACCAGUUGUCUGAAGACUACCUGACCGUGGCGGAUGACCUGUACCACUACCGUACGCCGGAACUGUGGUGUCGUCUGGGAGGGGACGCUGUCCCGCCACCCACGUGGAACCCCGCCCAAUGGCUGACCGACCUCACCAACAGACACGCACACUUUGAGAAACUGCUGUCUCAGGGAAGAGAGAAGUUCCCAGCUUACUGGCCAGGAGCGUUCUUCCAGCCCCGCGCCCUGUUUGGUCUGCUGAAGUCUGAGUCAGUCAAGAACUUCACAGAUAAGUAUGGAUAUGUGGAACCUCUCAUGUUCCAGACUGAGAUCACUGCAAGGGACAAGGACCAUCUGAGAGACCCUCCCAACGAGGGCAUGUUUGUGUUUGGGCUGUACCUGUGGGGAUGUACGUGGGAGAAGACCACCAGUGAGCUCCUGGACACUCCGCCCAAAUCUGGCCCCUCCACCCUCCCAGUCAUCCACGUCACCUGCGUCCCUCAGUCCGACAAACUCACCGAUCCCGUCAAGGCCGCGGAGACGUACCAGUGCCCGUGUUACAUCUCGCGUACGAACUGUAAAGAGCCCGUACUCACGCUGGACGUGCGUCAUGAUGGCAUCACUGCCACCCGUUGGUCUCUGCGGGGCCUGGCUGGAACACUCAGGCCUUUCUAACGCCCCCUAUCUGUUUGUUUCUGCAGAGCAACUGGCAGUUUUGUCAACAUAAUACACUUCCAGUGUGGGAACUCAGACAUUGUAAAAUAUCAGAGUUUGAAAUAAUGCUGUAUUAUCAUCCAAGCUUACAAGAAAACCAUUAAGACAG